CAUUGAUUUGGAAUUAUCUUCUUCUUCUUCAUUACCGUGCUACAAUUUACGGCCGCAGCCGCUCCAAUCUGAAGCCAAAGCAAAAUGGAUCGUCGGCGGCGGCCGGAUCGCGAUCCUACCUCCCCUCCUCCUCCGCUGGCUUCAACCCCCUCCCAUUUCCUCCGCGAUUGCUCCAACUACAAGACUCCGAAGUCCCUCCACCUGAACCCUAACCCUCGUCCCCCAUGCACCCCUCUACCUGCCUUCUACACCGCCUCCAAAACUACCCCUUAUUCCUUCGCAUCCGUCUCCAGCCGACGCCGUGGGACGCCCGGCGCCGCCACCGCCCGUCGCCGCGUUAAGACCCUCGAGCUCGAGCAGUCCCGUUCUUCGCGUAAGAACCAGGAUCGGCGCGAGAGGGCUCUCAAGUCGUUCUCGGGUUCGAUCUCGGCUUGGCUCAAUUUUCUUUUCAGAAGUCCAAGUUACUGCGGCUGCCAAGUUCCGUUGUGGUCCCGGGACAGGCAGGGUGGUGUGGUUUCUAAUGGGAAGCGCGAGAGUUUCGAUGGAGAUGAUGUUCGAGGGUUUGGGGCAGGUGGCAGGUGGAGGAGUCCGAAGCGCCAGAGGGAUUGCUCCUGGCGAGGGACGUCCGGUGAUGAUGUUGAGCGGAAGGCAUCAGUUAUGGUAUCAUCGCUAAAAUCAUCGUUGAAGGAAGUGUGUAGCCUGGAAGAUUUGAUGGAGAGAAUGGAGCUCUAUAUGAGCCAGAAAAGUUGCAAGGAGGUCCUCAUUAUGAUGAGUCAAGUUUGCAAGAGCAUAGAUGAAGGAAGGCUGAAAAUGAAAGCAAGCUGCCCACUUGUAACUGAUCUCAGGUUGAAGGAAAAUGCAAUUAGAACCUUAAUGAGCUAUAAUCCAACGUGGCUCCGUGUUGGAUUGCAUAUAAUAUUUGGUGGCGACUCUUUUCUUUCUAAUGAAGAAGGAAAAUCAGAUCAAGAGUUUCUGUUCCUCAAGAUGGUAAUAGAAACACAAUUCUUUUCUCAGGUGGAACUUGCAAGAUCUUUUGCAUAUAAUAAGCUGGUUGAGGGCCUGUAUAAGCCAGGUUAUCAUGAAGCUUUGGGAAGUGUGAUCUUGAAGAGAUUUUUGUUGCUCGUUGUUUCACUUGACAAAGCUAAGUCUGAGUGCACUCUUCCUACUAAAUAUGGGAUUGAUAGUAUUGAUGGUGGUUCUCCUCUGUUGUUUAUUCUUCACUCCCAUUUAAAAUCAAGUCAGCAAGUUAUCAAUGAGUUUCUAUCAGAAAUAAUGCAUGGGGAAGGUAAUCUUCUGGCACAUCUUCUCACUCUAGGUUACAAAGUGAAUCACCAGCAGAAUCCAAUUUCAGAAUAUGAGUUUAAUGUGAAAGAUUUAUCUGAAGAAAUUCAGGAUGGUGUACUGCUUUCUAGGGCUAUUCAGCUCUUGCGAAAUGAUGCAUCUAUACUAUCAAAAUUAAUGGUUCCUCCAAACACAAGUAAAAAGAAGUUGCAGAAUUGUAUUAAUGUGGUGAAGUAUCUAAAGCAGGCCGGUGUAUCCAUGUGCGAUGCUGAUGGAACCCAAAUUCUUGCUGAAGACAUUGCAAAUGGUGAUAAAGAGUUAACACUCUGUGUACUUUGGAAUUUGUUUGUGAGCUUGCAGGUCCCUCUGUUAAUUGACAAAGCUUCUUUGGUCAGCGAGGUUAUUAAAUUGAAGAAACAUCAUAAGGAUGAUUCAUACUACAGUUCGAUGGCAAUCAUGGGUUUGCUUUUCGAGUGGAUCCAGGUUGUUUGUGAAGGAUAUGACAUAGAAGUUGGUGGUUUAUCUUCUCUUGUUGAUGGGAAAGCUCUUUGUUGUUUGAUCCACCAUUACUCAGAUGCUGAAGAUAAUGGACUUUUAUCAUCUAAGGAAAAUCAAGAUGUGCAUAUCAAAUUUUGUAGGCGCUUUGAGAUUGGUCGAACUGCAGGUCAAAACUUAGUUUUGGUUCAACGCAUCACCAAAAUAAUGGGGAACUUUCCUGAGGUGUUACAGCUAAGUGACUUAUUGGAUGAUGAAACAUACUUUGAUAAAAGAAGCAUAAUCAUUCUUCUAGUGUUUCUUGCAUCUCUAUUUACUUCCAGGAAAGAUUUGGAUACAGGAAAAAUGUACAACCUCAUGAAGUGGAAUUGGAACAUAGACAGUACACUUUGUGUAACUCCAUUGGGUACACUUUUUGAUAAUGGUCUAUCUACCAAAUCAAAGCUUCGGAGAAUCAACAUUGCCAAAGUUUCAUCUCCCUUGAAAAACAGAUGCCUAGACACAUAUGAUAAUGGAGAAUGGGCUGCAAAAGUCAUACAGGCUCAUUUUAGAAGAAUUAUUGAGAGGAAGAAGUUUCUAGAGUUGAAAAAAGCAACAUGUAUUCUGCAAUCUUAUAUUCGUGCUUGGCAAACUGUGGUACUUGUCAGAAAAAAUUCUGUUGUUCAAACUGGUUGCUCUGAGUCACUUUUGUUUCCUGGACAGUACAAUAGGCAUAAGAAGCUCAUGGUCGAAAGACACAAGUUUGUCCACAUAAAGAAAUCAGUGCAACUAAUACAAUGUGCUGUAAGAGCUUGGAUCAUGCAGAGACAUCAGAGAACCAAAGCUCCUUCAGGAAUUGCAACAGUUUCCCUAAAUAGACAGGCUCUAUCUGCAAGAUUGGACAUUCUUCAGCUGCAAACGAUGUCUGCCAUCAAGAUACAAAAUGCAUGGAGAGGAUUUAAGAGACAGGUCCUAUCUGCAAGAUUGGACAUUCUUCAGGAGCGGACGAUGGCUGCUAACAAGAUACAAAAUGCAUGGAGAGGAUUUAAGAGGCAGACCCUAUCUGCAGAAUUGGGCAUUCUUCAGCAGCAAACGAUGGCUGCUAUCAAGAUACAAAGUGCAUGGAGAGAAUUUAAGAGACAGGCCCUAUCUGUCGAAUUGGACAUUCUUCAUCAGCAAACGAUGGCUGCUACUAAGAUACAGAAUGCUUGGAGAGGAUUUAUUUUGUGGAGACAUCUUUUGGUUAAAAGAUGUUCUACAAUUAAAAUUCAGAGCCAUUGGCGUGCCUGGCGCAUAAGGAUGAAUUUCUACAGAAAGCGUAAAUCUGUCAUCAAAAUACAAGCUUCUAUCCGUUGUAUGCUAUGCAUGAAGCAAUUGAACUGCUGUAGGCUUGCAACUACUGUAAUUCAACAAUUUGUCAGGGGACACCUUGCUCGAAAUAAGCUUUUAGGUGCUUCCUCUCUUCGAUACAGGAGAUCUUUUGGGCUACCCAAUGUGCCUAUCUCUGGUACAAUAAAACAUCACGAACUGAAAAUAGUUAAGUAUGCAGUUUUAACGAUACAAAGAUGGUGGAAGCAAAUUUUGCUUGAGAGAAGACAACUGAGGGCGGUUAUAUUUAUUCAAUCCUUCAUUCGUCGUUGGCAUGCCAAGAAAGCUUCUAAUGAAUUGUGUCAUAGCAUUUUCAUCAUUCAGAGGUGGUGGAGAGAUAUUUUAUUUCAUGAAUCAAGGAGAAGAUCAACAAUCAUUAUUCAGGCUCAUGUUCGUGGUUGGAUUAUCCGAAAGACCACUAGUCGAACCAAAUACUACAUUGUCCUUGUACAAUCAUAUUGGAAGGGCUAUUUAGCAAGGAAACGUUUAAAGCAGCAAAUAUUUGACCUACGGUGCGAGUUAAAUAUUGGCAAUGCACACGUCAAAGGCUGUGUGCAACCAAUUAACAGACUUGUAGCAGCACUUCCGGAACUGUUUGCUUGUAGAACUAUUAGUAAUCUGCGUCAUAUCUGUGCAAUGCUGAGUAAUGCCACACAGCAUUCUCAGGGAAACUGUGAAGCAUUGGUCGCUGCUGGUGCAAUUGACAUUUUGCUCAAGCAAAUUGGUGCACUGAAUCGUGGGUUUCCAGAUCAAGAAGUUUUAAAGCACGUAUUAUCAAUUUUGAGGAACAUUGUUAAACAUCCACGACUCUUGCGAGCUUUUGUAGAUACAUCUCGGUCGGCAGAGAUAAUAUUCCAAGAAGUCCUAAGGAACAAAAAUGAAGGAUAUUUUAUUGCCUGCGACCUUCUUAAGUGCCUAUGCUCAACUCCUCAAGGUUGUGAAACAAUCCGUAAUUUGCCAGGUCAUAUACGAAGACUCAAGGUUCUUGCACAUGAUCUUGAAAGGAAGUCAGAGCUGCAAAAGAGGAAUGCUGCUCAAGCCGGCAGAAAGGAUGAGGCUGUCCGCAGGCACGGAGAUGCUGUAAACCUUCUCCAAUUAAUAUUGGAUAAUCAUGAUCCAUAAGUAUGAUAUUUCAGUUGUGCUAAGAAAUUCUCUAGUCGUGUUUAACAGCUUGUUAAGUUCUAAAUAAGCUACACUCUAACCUGGUCUGAAGAAAAUUUCUAGUCUUGUUUACGAGCUUGUUAAGUUCUAAAUAUGCACACUGAUUAGGUUUGGUGUUAGUAGUAAAUCGGUGUGUAAUAGCUAAUUGUUGCUGGAUAUUUACAAUAACUAGUUUUUACUGGAUCGUGCCAUUGUUUA